CCACGACCCUGCAGAGUCUUUGUGGCCCCAAAACCCCAAAACACACAGUGGGGAAAACCCCCUGCAGGGACAGAAGGAGCUGAGGGAAAAGCCUGGGCAGAGGGAAGGCAGGAGGACAGAGCAGUGCCCGGGGCUGAAGUGGCCCAACAGCAAAUCCUGGGGCCACAGAGACCACCCGGAGCAGGGAAGGACAACGACAAAUCCCCGGGAGUGGGGGGGGAAAACAAGCCCUGCCCUGGGCAAGGAAACCCCCUUCCAACACAGAACCCACCCACUGCUGGGAACAGCAGCAAUUCCCUGCUUUAGGAAUUCCCUGCUUUAGGAAUUUCCAGCUUCCUCACAGGGAAUCAUUCUCAUUCUUAAUAAUUCCUCUUAUUAUUUCACAGAGCUCAUCUUCCCCCUUCUCCCCUCUGGGUCACCAGACACGGAGCUGCAUCUCCAUCCACCCCCAGGAAAGCACAGAAAUGCUUUUAAAACACAGGAAUUCCCAACAACUGGCACAAAGAGUCAUUCCCAGCAUCCCUCGGGAUGACUGACGGGAGCUCCCGGCCAAUAUUUGACUUUCCAGGUGAGAUUAGAUUGAGCUUUUCACUGAAUAUACACACAAAGUGUGCAGUGCAAGGCACUUCUGUCACGUCCAGCAGGCUGGAGGCUGCUCUCUUUUGGAGAUCAUCACCUUAUUAUCCAGUGGAAUUUGGAAAUCCCCAGUGAAUCUCCUGGAAAUGGACACGGGGAAAGCGAGGAUGGCCGAGGUGGAGAACCUCACGUGGGCGGUGGAGGACAUUUUCAAGGACACCUUUCUCAGCUACAUGAACGGCUGGAGGAGGAACAUGACGGAGGCGGCGGCCAAGCUGCAGGCCCAGGUGGCGGCCGAGAACUUCGACUACGUCAUCCUGUACCUGAUGGUGAUGAUCGGGAUGUUCUCCUUCAUCAUCGUGGCCAUCCUGGUGAGCACCGUGAAGUCCAAGAGGAGGGAGCACUCCAACGACCCCUACCACCAGUACAUCGUGGAGGACUGGGGAGAGAAGUACAAGAACCAGGUGCUGAUCCACGAAAAUCCGGGAGCGAGGGAUAAAACGAGCCCCGAGUCGCCCUGAGCUUCGGGAAACGCCGGCGGUGAGGAAAUCGGGGAGUCACACACUGGGAACCCACUGGGAUUAUGAAAACCUGGGAAACUGUUCGUUAAAUUAACACAUGGGUUGAGGUAUAAUGGAGGAAACCAGCUCUGCUGGUUCCCAUCAACCUUACUGGUUCCCAUCGACCUUACUGGUUCCCAAUCCACCUUACUGGUUCCCAAUCCACCUUACUGGUUCCCAACCAAUCUUACUGGUUCCCAAUCCACCUUACUGGUUCCCAAUUCACCUUACUGGUUCCCAAUCAAUCUUACUGGUUCCCAUCCACCUUACUGGUUCCCAACCCACCCUACUGGUUCCCAAUCAAUCUUACUGGUUCCCAUCAACUUUACUGGUUCCCAAUCCACCUUACUGGUUCCAAUCCACCUGACUGGUUCCCAAUCCACCUUACUGGUUCCCAACCCACUCUACUGGUUCCCAAUCAGUCUUACUGGUUCCCAUCCACCUUACUGGUUCCCAUCCACCUUACUGGUUCCCAUCCACCUUACUGGUUCCCAUCAACCUUACUGGUUCCCAUUGACCUUACUGGUUCCCAUCCAUCUUACUGGUUCCCAAUCCACCUUACUGGUUCCCAAUCCACCUUACUGGUUCCCAUUGACCUUACUGGUUCCCAACCCACCUUACUGGUUCCCAUCAACCUUACUGGUUCCCAUCAACCUUACUGGUUCCCAAUCCACCUUACUGGUUCCCAACCAGUCUUACUGGUUCCAAAUCCACCUUACUGGUAACCAACCCACCCUACUGGUUUCCAAUCAAUCUUACUGGUUCCCAUCAACCUUACUGGUUCCCAACCCACCCUACUGGUUCCCAAUCAGUCUUACUGGUUCCCAACCAACCUUACUGGUUCCCAAUCAGUCUUACUGGUUCCCAAUCCACCUUACUGGUUCCCAGUCCACCUUACUGGUUCCCAUGAGGACCUUGGCACAGCCCCUUGUGAAAUUCCCAGGAAAAAAUGUCUGUUUGUGCUUCGCUCUGAGAUUUUCUGUUCUUCGGGGAAAUAAACCCA